UUAAUACCCAAUCUAACCAUAACUGUUAUCAAAGAGCCAAAUACAUGAUAUCAAUAAUGAUGAUUGGCAUAAGUUCUUAAAGAUGCAUACAUCCAGUCAUCCAGUGCAUGACAAUCAUGCACAUAUCAUUCUGGUAAUACAUAGGUCACUUUCAUUACCAAACAGCUUGGCUGACAUUAUUUUGCCUACCAGUAUUAUUAUCUUUCAUGUAAAGUGGUAAAUAUGUUUACAAACUUUCACUUACUAAAGGCAAAUUUAAAAUACCACACACCUUAACAUACAUUAGCCAUAGUCUAUGAUUCCAGUAAUUAUAUGGAAGUCCUUUUCCAGUAUGGAACUCUCAUGGUUUCUGUAAUGAUAAUUUGUAACUUGACCUAUGUAUGUGGUAAAAUUAAUCUAAAUCAAUUUGAUUGGUUAUGUAUUUACUUCCACAAUAGGUUUAAACAUUUUACAUACAUUACCUAUAUUCUAGAGGCAGUGUACGGCUGGUGGCAUACACAUAAAAUUCCAUUACUUUCUCAUGCCAAUAUUCAGUGAUUAAUAGUAUAUACAUGAAAUAAAGGUAGUAUUAAACAUUAACUGCCUUGAGGCUUCUUACAGAUUGCUAUUUAAUAUUAUAAUACCAUCAGUCAAUAACCAUGUGAAUAGGUACAUAUAAAGUUGGUUUAUUUUUUAAAAAUAGUUUUAUGCAGACACUACACAAAACAGAUGGUAAUGAAAGUAUGGACUGGGAUGAUUGGCGCUUACUUGGGGAGGCCUACAUUCAGUACUGGAUGGCGACAGAUCAGAUCAUUUUGACAUUGCAUUAUAAAUUAAACCACAAAGCUUGUCCAAAUGACUAUAUAUAUUUUUAGUAAACUAUUUUACUUAUGGCUGUACUUACUUAUGGCUCUUAUAAAUUUUGAACUAUGGUUACUCCAAAUAUUUUUUAUGCUCUGUACUUCCUAGGUUAAGUAUAAUAUGCACUAUAUUACUACUAUGGCUGAUAGUACUAAUCUGUUAUUGGUGCAAUGGUAGAAUUUUAUUCUAAGGGUUUAUUUUAGAUGCUAUUAUAACAUGUGUGUAGUUUAAAAAAAAUCUUAGAUCAGUUAUAUUUUAUAAAUUAAAAAGCUUGUAACAUUGUUGUUUCAUAAACAUUUCACAUGUCGUUCACUAUCUACAAAUAUUAUUACUAUUCUGCAAGUCCUAUUACUAAUUUAACUUACCAUAAUAAUAUGACAGUGAAAAGUUUUUAAUUUGAAAGUUAGUAAAUAUACUAAUGUAGCUUUUUUUUAUUUUUACCCACUGACACUGGAAUGUAUCAAAGGUUUCAGCACAAUUGUCCCUGAUCGAUGCACUUCUAAGCGACCUUGACAAGACCAUUACACCAUGCGCUAGCAAAAAGAAUGAGAACAAAGAAGAAGAAACACAAGAUGCGAUGCCAGACUCUACAACCAACACGGAGAAAAAUAACGGAAACCCAUUCCACUGCGGUGAUGAUGUGCUUGUGCCCAACAAAGAUGGAAAAUAUUACUUAGGGACAAUAGUGGAAUUGAGCACGUCGAACGACAAUGACUCGUGCGAGGUGGGCACGGGCGUGGCGCGGUGCCUGGUCAAGUUCGGCGACGGCACGCACUCGUGGGCGGCGGUGGCGACGCUGAAGCUGCUGAGCGCGCCGCCGGCCGACGACGGGCGCAUCAUGUGCGUCGUGUGCAAGCGCCGCGACCCCGCCGCGCCCAGCGCCGCCGCCAUCAUCGCCUGCGACAUGUGCGGCCGCGGCUACCACGCCAAGUGCCACUCGCCGCCCGUCGACGCUUGGAUCAAUGGUGCAUCUUGGCAUUGCAAGCGAUGUGUGGACCAAAGGUACAGAGUGGCUGCAGCCGAAAAUCGCGCGUUGAAAAGAUCUGAUUUGUUCAGAUUUAAAGGAGGCCAGCAGAGACGGCAGCAGCAAGAGUUGACCCCACCCUGUGAUACUGCAUCAACUACCUCAUCCACCGCUUCCGAAGCAGGAAAAGAUCAAAAUGAGGCGCAUUGUUAUUGCGGAGAAAAGAGCGAUUGGCUUGCGCAGGUAUCAUGCGAUAAAAUGUUACUGUGUUGUCGGUGUUCGCGCUGGUUUCACCAAAGAUGCGUGUCGAGCUUACAAUAUCCUUUGUACGCGGGUGAUAAGCUGUACAUCUUCGCGUGCGCGCAGUGUAACGGCGGGGCGGAGUACCUGCGCCGCCUCGAACUGUGCUGGCUCGACCUGGCGCACCUGGCGCUCUACAACCUCACUGCCUACAACGCGCCCAACUACUUCGACCUGGACAACGUCAUCAUGCCGUACAUCAUGGAUAACUGGCAUGCGCUACAGUUACCUGAGAAGAUGUGGUUGACACCGGUAAACGAGCGGCGAGAACGAAUCCUUACAGCUUUAACGUCGUCCCGCAAACGAUUUAAAUGCGGUCGUGAAAUGAAGAAGCGCGCCACUAUAUGGGGCCUGCGUUUGCGCCGCCCACCGCCACCGCCACGGCAGCUGUCUGCAUUAGAACAGAUUAAGAAAGGAGAGCCAUUGACUGACGAACUGGUGCAAGACCACGCGCCAAGGCUCCGAUUCCUGCCGCGGGCUCCCUCACCUCAGACCAUACCAAUUAUCGACGAUAGUUCACAACCUUCUAGCAGUAACACUGAUAAAAGUUCCUAUAAAAUUCACAAUCAACGCAUGAUCGUGCCAGUUGAUGGUCACUGGUUAAACCUAAUGAUGGGCAAAAGAUUUCACGAAAAUCUCAAUUCUAAUUCUAAUUCAGAAAACGAUUCCACUAGUUCCUACGAAUCUAUUAAACCUACCGAAGUUGAUGAACAAAAUUCAUCAGCCGUUUCUACGUCUACUGCUAGAAAGUCUGAUACCAAAGUCGACAGCUUAGAGAAAAAUAUGGACUUGAAUGAAACAACUGUUAAUGAAAGUGAAUCGCAUUUUGAAGUCCCUGCAGCGACCGUGCCAUCUCUAGUACCGUGUUCAGUUAAAUUAGAUAAAAUAUCCAAAGAAAAUAUAACAGAUAGUAACAUGAACAAGAACGAGCUGAGUAACGUCAUUGUAAACACACACACUACGAGGAUAGCCACCAUGAACUUGGAAGUGUCUAAGUUGUCCACUAAGAAUAUAAUAGAACAUUCCAAAAUAAUGUCGCUGCAGCAUAUGGACAGUGUGCCGCCAUAUAGCAACUUCGUCCAUGACAUAGAGUCUUCGGGCGACGAGACGUCCAGUAGAGGCACCCUAGACGCCAUCAUACCACCGCUGAAAGACUUCCAAGGGAAAAAUAAUCCCUUCCUGAUGCAGAAUACUUAUUCAACUAAAAAACAUUUUUCUUCUAUAACAAAUGUUUAUAAUAAACAAAAUGGCAAAUUACACAAUUUCCAUUCACGGUUUUCAUUACCUGUUCAAUUUAAUCCACUGAUGGGUCCAUUAAUAAGACCGUUGAAAAGGAAACUUAGUGAAAAAGACAUUAUUAUUGGGCCAAAUGGGGAAGUAAAGCGUAGAAAAUAUAGGCGGCCUCGUAAAUAUUUACAACUUCAGAUGAAUAAGUCAUGUCCACUGCCAGAAGACAACAAUAAGACUGCUCAAUCUACAACAGAAAACGGUGACGUAGCCGCACCGAGUGGGCACAUAAACAACGUGAAUUUUCAUGGUAGAAGACUGAGACAAAGACAAGAAAAAAACUACUACGAAAAUUCACGGCGAAGUACAAACAAUAGUACUAGUAUUAAUAGUGUAAAGAGUCUUCAACUUAGUCCUCACAAAGCGAACAACAACGCAGCGGAGGUGAACGCUCAACAACUGUCCGCUCUGAAGUCCAGCGUACAGUCGUACUUCCGCGCGGGUCAGACCUUCCACGUGCUCGCGCGCCGCCUCGCACGAGGCGCCCAGCCCGCCUAUCUCAUAGAGUGGGACUCUAAUCCGUCAUAGUGGCCAAACAACAACAACACAACUAAGUACACGGUGUUGACUACUAACCAAUGGAAUAUGUCGUCUCGUCUCAGUGUUACUCAUCAAUCAAUAACGACGCGGAAUAUAAGAGCGUCAGUGAAAUAAUAGCGUCAUUGACUAUAAUGAAAUUGAAUGUAGUAGUGUUUGUUCAAAUGAACUCAAACAUACUUAACACCUGGUGUGUUUUAGACAUGUGAAUGGUUUUAAUGAGUUUAAUUUAAAUAUCUAUAUAUGUAUGUAAUAAAAUAAAUUUCUUGUCUGUAGUUUAGCUGUACAGUAAGUUCAAGGAAUGUGAUAUAUUAUUAUUCCAUUUGG